AACAAAUUCUUUAUUCAUUCUGUAUUCCAUUUAAAAAUAGUGGCAAGAAUAAUAUUUGAACUGAAUGAAUUUUAAACGUCAUCAAAAGCAAAACUUGAAUCAAAGCCAAACAAAUAGAAAUCCUUUCAAACUUGAAUUGCAUGUUGACAAAUCAAGAAUAAACAUCAAUGUCAAUUAGUGCGUGUGUGUGUGUGUGUGUGUGAGUUUGUGUUUGUGUCUGUGUUGUGUAUGUAAAAUUGUCAUAUUCAUCAAUCAAAAUCACAUACAAAAUCAACAAUAACGAUUGACAUUUUGACAUUUUUUUUCGUUGAAUUCAUUUUUUUUCGUGAUUGUUUCAGGAAUCAUUAGAUGAUUGUCAACAAUACAACAUAUCAUCAUCAUCAUCAUCAUCGAUCGGUGUUGUUUUUGUUGUGAAUAUUUUUUUUUUUAAAUCAUGACACUGGAACGUCGUAAACUUCGUCGUUCAAUACCUAUAUUGAAUGAUCUUGAUAGUUAUCUGUAUCAGGAUAUAAAACGUGUUUUCGUAUUCGGUCGUAAUAGUGAUUGUGUUAUUUUCAUAACAAACAAUGAUCAUGUCUAUUCAUAUGGCCGUAAUAAUUGUGGAUGUUUAGGUAUUGGCAAUGAUUAUGAUAAUCAAGAUUUGAUUGUUGAACCACAAAAAAUUCAUCGAUUAUGUGGACGUAAAAUUGUUGAAUUUUCUGCUGGACGUAAUCAUAUAUUGGCACGAUCAAAAAAUGGUAAAAUUUUUGCUUGUGGUAGUAAUGAAUUUGGUCAGCUUGCAUUACCGUUGGAUGAUUACGCCGGUUCAUCGAUAAAUAUUCCACAACAAAUUCAAUCAUUACGUAAUGAACAUAUAAUCGGUAUUGCUUGUGGUGCAUUUCAUUCAUUAGCAUUAACCAAACGUGGCAUCAUUUAUGGUUGGGGUUUCAAUUUCUGGGGACAACUUGGUUUAGGUGAUAAUCAUAAUCGUUUUGCGCCAACCAUAUUACGACAAUUACAACAUGAAAAUAUUGUUGAAAUAGCUUGUGGUCAACAUCAUUCGGUUGCUUUAUCACGUAAAGGUCAUCUAUUUACAUGGGGACAUAAUGCAUAUGGACAGCUUGGUAUCGGUGAACGAAUCAAUUAUCGAAACAUUCCAACUAAAGUAAUUGAUGGCAAUGAUUUUAUAAUUAAACAAGUAACAUGUGGACAAAAUCAUGUACUUGCUGUUAGUGUGGAUGGUCAGCUAUUGGGUUUUGGAUCAAAUUAUUAUGGCCAAUUAGGAACCGGAUCACGACGAAAUGAAUCAUUACCAGUACGUAUUUGUUUGGAUGAAAAAAUCAAUGAUAUUCUUGCAUCACCAUUCAGUAAUACAUCAUUGGCACGAACUAAAAAGAAAAGAAAUUCAUUAGUAUUUGGUAAAUGUGGUGAUCAUUGGCUGUUAACACCAAUCGAUACAAAAAUUAUUGAUGAUAAUGAUGAAUCAAUUAAUCACCAUCGGAAACAACAACAAUCGUCAUCAAAUUCGUCAAAUUCGAUCAUAUCAUUGGAUGAAAAUAAUAAUCCAUUAUUAUUGAGGACAAAUUUUUUAUUAGAACAACAAAAAUCACCUACAAUGAAGAAAAAUAAAUCAAAUUCACAUGAAAUUUUUGCCAAUAUAAAUCAAUCAACAGCACAUACAACAAAAGUGGUCAGAUCAAAUUAUCAUCAUCAUCAAAAUUUAUUCUGGCAGAUAUUAUAUCUGAUGAAAAGUAAAUUACCUAAAAUUAAACAACGUUCGACGACGACCACAACAAAAACAUUCGAUAAUGAUGAUGACCAUAUGGAUCAAACUAGUGGCCAUUUGAAUCAAAAUCGAAAA